GUCCCAAGGUUCCACAGCUUUUUUUCAUUUUAAAUUAUAUUUCACCUCUCAUAGAAAAAAAAAAAAGUUUCUCGAAAAUGGAACAAAAUUUCGUCGGCAAUCGCAGUGUCAGAUUUAUUCAGACUUCUUACAACACUUGUUACCGAAUUUCGUUAAUGAUACCAUUUAUUGUGUUUAAAGCAGCCGGAGUUGCACCUUGGGUGUUUAAUUUUUCGCUUUUAUUUGACGAACAUCAAACAGUUAUUAAUCCAAAUAUCAAAUUCCGCAUGUCGUUUUAUGGGUCGUACUAUAAUAUUUUCAUUGGUGUUGUUACGUUAUUGAUAAAUUAUUAUUAUUUAUGUGUUAUGGUCGACGAUAAGCCAAGAAAUAUCGAAAAGAUAACAUCCGAAACUAUUAAAUAUUUACAAUGUGCAUCAUUUUCAUCAGUGAUACCCAUCCUAAUUAAUUACGUUUUCCGUCAGGAAGCUAUUAUAGAGUUCUUGAAUUACAUGCAAAAUACUAAGGGUAGAGCAAUGAAAAAUUCUAUUUACAAGUUGAGAAAUAGUUAUUUUGCUUAUUUUAUUUUCAUAAUUAAUUUAAUUACGUUCAUCGCUUUAGUUUCAAUUAAUAUAAUGCUACAAAGAUUUUUGAUGUUACUAAUGCUCGGCAUGCCGAGUAUUGCCUAUAAUUGGAUGAUGAUACAGGGCAUAAUGACACUAGAUUUAUUAAUAAGACGUAUUGAAACAGUAAAAGUAACAAUUAUGAAAAUGGGUAACAUUAAGGAUGGUGAUGAAUUCAGCAAAGAUCGUGUUUCUAAAAUAACAUUUGGCCGUGGAUCAGUUAACCGUGAAGUUAAUAAUGUGAAACGAGCUUAUAUUGAGAUAUCUGUAAUGUGUGAGAACAUACUUAUGUUUUAUUUACUUCCUGUUUUUUUCACCCUAUCUUAUAUGGGUUUCAUGGGCACAUUUAUGGUAUAUGAAAUGAGGAAUUCAGUGUUGGGAGUAAAACGACUUGAGACUCUGGAAAUGGUACUUUAUGGAACCUGGCUAAUAUGGAUGGGAUGUGGAAUUACUCUAUUGGGUAUUAAUUUACUCAGAGCAAAAGCAGCGCAAGUAAAGACGAAGCAUUAUCUUGCUAUGCUUUUGAAAUUUGAUGGAAUAGAAGAUAAUUUGGAUAAUGAGCCAACGGCACCUUCUCAAGCCCGGUUGGAUCAAGAAGUAGAGGCCAACAAUGAUAUUGUAUCAUUGGAUGAUUCUGCUCCGCAAUAUAUCGGUAAAGCUUCUCUAAAUCGCUUUUGAAUAACGAGUCGGACUUUUGAGCUUGUUUGUGAUUUUUUCACCGUUGGGAAAAUUUACUUCAAAUAUUGUACUUCUCCAUAUAAUUUUCGUGACAAUAAAUAUUAAAAUAAGUUUUUCGUAUUUCAGAAAUUUUAUCGAGUUAAAUAAUGAAUGUGUUAUUUUUUUACUAUAUUGUUAAUAUUUAUUAAAUACGCACCAUACUGCUUGGAUUUUGUAUUUCAUAU